UCACGUGAUGAUUACUGAUACGACUCGCUGAUAACUGGGCGAGGGUCAUCAAUAUCCCAUUGUGCUCUGAGGUCAUAUCAACACAAACAUGUCGGAAAAGGAAGGACUUUUACCCCAAGGGGCCCCACCCAGUUACCAGCAAAGCCAGGGUUACGGCCCCACCCCAGGAGGCACCCCCGGGGUACCGAGCUAUGCAGCUGUGGGCCAGCAAGGCUAUAGUACUCCUUAUGGACAACAGCAAGUUAUAGUACACCAACCAGGGGUCUAUCGAGGACACGUGACCGAGGUACCUGACAACAUGGGCCUGGCCAUCCUCGCUACAGUAUUGUGCUGCUGGCCGUUAGGCAUUGUGGCAAUCUUCAGAGCUCAAGAGGCUCGACGAGCAUUAGACCGAGGAGACGUUCCUUCAGCUCUCAUGCUGUCCGCGCAGGCAAAGCGCUACUCUCUGUGGGCCGUGGCCUGUGGCUGUGUCCUUGUGGUCGUCGUCAUCGUCAUCGUGGUCGUCGUUGUGACGUCAAACUCCUAUUAUGGUUGAGCCAGAUACUCACAGGGGUGGGGUUAGGGUGGGGUUUGGACCACAAACAUGCUUGUACAUAACUGCAUUGACUGUAAAACCUUGUGCAAUAAAGACUCCCUUGGCGAA